GUGUAAGGAGCUCUGGACGGAGGGUCCGAGGGAAUAUGUCAUGCAGCUCUGGAAUGUGCUGGAUUUCGGCAUGCUCUCCAUCUUCAUUGCGGCAUUCACCGCCCGUUUUUUCGCCUUCCUGCAGGCCAUGAAAGCCCAGAAGUAUGUGGAUGAGAAGAUCCACGCUCCAGACCUCUCAAUGGUCACGCUGCCGCCGGACAUCAAAUAUUUCACAUACGCGAGAGACAAGUGGCUUCCAUCAGAUCCUCAGCUGAUCUCUGAGGGUCUGUACGCCAUCGCUGUGGUCCUGAGCUUCUCUCGCAUCGCCUACAUCCUGCCGGCUAACGAGAGCUUCGGGCCGCUGCAGAUCUCACUGGGACGAACAGUGAAGGACAUCUUCAAGUUCAUGGUCCUCUUCAUAAUGGUCUUCCUCGCAUUCAUGAUUGGCAUGUUCAUCCUCUAUUCCUACUACCUGGGGGCAAAGGUUAACCCCGCCUUCACCAC